AUGCAGACAGAAGGAAACAUAAAGCAGUCAGUAAUAACAACCAAUCAGGUAUUUGCAAUGAAACUGAAUGAGACCAAUGCAGGUUUUUCUUGCAGAUUGUAUUCCAUUGUUGUAUUUGCUGCCAUUGCUGGGUUUUCAUUCAUUGGAACACUCCUGGCGGGAGCACAGAAUAAGCCCAAGAUCUCAACGGCCUGUGCACUACAUUCCCAAGCCAUUCAAGGCUAUAAGCAGGAAGGUGACAUUAUUUUGGGAAUACUUAUUGAGCUUUUCAUUUACAAACACACUACCGAUGAAAAAUUCAUGAAAGAACCUUUGAAAUUUAUUAGUUAUGGAACUCAGGAUAGCAGCUUCAAUGAUAGAGUUCAGUUUCCAACAUUUUACAGCACUAUGACCAGCGAGAACUCCCAGAAUAAAGCCAUUAUUCACCUCCUCAAAACAUUUAACUGGACAUGGGUGGGAAUUGUAUCAUCAGAUGAUGCAGAACGCCACGUAAGGAAUGAGAAGCUAAAAGCUCAGAUAAUCAAUAGCGGUGCUGCUUGUGUUGAAUUUUACAUUGUCAUCAAGGAGAAGAAUCUUCCUACCUUGUUUCACUCUGCAGAAACAAUAAAAAGCUCAACUUCAAAUGUUAUCAUAGUGGACAUAAGCAUAAGGUACUUCAAUGAUAUCGUCUUAAGCUUGGCAAUCAACUCGGAAAGGAAAAUCGUUUGGAUUGUUUCAAUUGACAUGACAAGUACAUUGGUAAACUAUGAAAUAACAGCAUUAAAUGGAUCCCUAUUUUUAGCAUUACCCCAAGGGGACAUACCUGGUCUGCAGGAGUUCAUGUACUCUGUAAACCCUUUGAAAUUUCCAAUGGAUCCUAUAACUGCCUCUCUGUGGGAUGAAGUAUUUUCUCUACCAAAUGAAACAGGAACCAUAAAUAAUAGAAAUGGCACUUUAAAAACGUUUGAGCCAUAUGUUCCUAACUUUAAUACCUACAGACUGACCUAUAAUACAUAUGUAUCUGUAUAUGCCCUAGGACAUGCUCUUCAUAAUAUGUAUAUGGAUAGUAUUUCCAAGAGGUUGGAUUCUUCAGAAUUUGUGGAAACAUUCGUGCCAUGGAAGUUAAACAGUUAUUUAAAGAAAGUCAAUUUUAAGACCAUAUCUGGAGAUGAAAUAUUCUUUAAUGAGCAUGGAGAAGCUCCAGGGCGUCUUGAUAUCCUCAACGUGUACAUAUUUCCUAAUGGAACAAUGACUACCAGGAAGGUUGGGAACUUUGAUUCAACAGCUCUUCAUGGAGAUAACUUCAUUAUUUACAAAGAAAACAUUUUGUGGUCACCUCAUUUUUAUGGGAUCCCUCAUUCCACUUGCAGCGCAAACUGCCCUCCUGGUUCAAGAAAGGUUUUAAUCAAGGAGAAGCCAAUUUGUUGUUAUAACUGUAUUCAGUGCUCAGAAGGAGAAGUAUCUACUGUGUCUGAUAUGGAAAACUGUGUGAAAUGUCCUAACAUCCAGUGGUCGAAUGGGCAGAGAGACAAAUGCAUUAUGAGGACCUUGGACUUUCUGUCUUUUGGGGAUGCCUUGGGACUAUCUCUGGCUUGUAUGGCUGUUUUCCUGUCUGUAUUAACGACAACGGUUUUGAUCAUCUUUAUAAAGUACAAACAUACAACUAUAGUAAAAGCAAAUAACAGAGAGCUUAGUUAUUAUCUUAUUAUCUCACUGAUAUUGUCUUUUCUCUGCUCUUUAUUAUUUAUUGGUUGGCCAAUGAAGGGCACCUGUUUAAUAAGACAAGUUGUAUUCGCCAUUGACUUUACCUUCAGUAUCUCCUGUGUGUUGGGCAAAACUCUAACUGUUGUUAUUGCCUUUAGUGCCACCAGGCCUGGAAGCAAAUUAAGAGGCUGGGUUGGUACAAGGAUCCCAAAAUGCAUUGUGUUGCUCUGCACUCUUGUCGAGAUUUUUAUCUGCUCAUUAUGGCUGAUCAAUUCUCCCCCGUUUCUAGAAUAUGAUACUGAGUCCCACACAACAACGAUGAUUUUACAGUGCAAUGAAGGAUCAACUGGUGCAUUCUAUACCGUGAUUGGCUAUAUUGGACUUUUGGCUUUGAUAUGCCUCUUUGUUGCUUAUCUUUCUCGUGAAUUACCAGACAUUUUCAAUGAAGCUCAGUAUAUUACUUUCAGCAUGUUGGUGUUCUGCAGUGUCUGGAUCUCCUUCAUCCCAGCCUAUUUGAGCACCAACGGCAAGUAUUUGACAUCCGUGGAAAUAUUUGCCAUACUCGCUUCUGGAUCAGGACUUCUUGGCCUUAUAUUUGUCCCUAAGUGCUAUAUCAUUCUGUUAAAGCCAGAACGGAACACAAAACACUGUAUCCAAAAGGAUGUGAGGAUCUCCAAAAAUAAAGAGGCAAAUAUA